AUGCGUGGGGGGGAGGGGGGGGAAGCUGUGUGGGGGCGGGGAGGAGGGGGUACCACACCUGGGUGGUGUGGGGGGGAGGGGGGGGAGUGGGGGGGGGAGCGGGAGCGGGGUGGGGAUGGGUGGGGCGGGGGGGACGUGGGUGGGGGGGGUUGCGGGGGGUGGGGGGGGGGGGAUGGGGCGGGAUGUGGGCAGGCGGGGGGGGGGGAGGUGGUGGGGGGGCUGGGGUGUGGGGGAGGCAGGGGGCCUGGGUCCGAGGGGGGGGGGGGGUGGGGGUGUGGGGGGGGAGGGUGGGGGGCGUGGGGGGGGUGGGGGGGGGGGGCGACGGUGGGGGGGGGCGCGGGUCGGGGGGGCAGGGGUGGGGGGGGGGGGGGGGGGGGGGGGGGGUGGGGGGGGGGGUGGGGGGGGGGGGGGGGGGGGGGUGGGGGGGGGGGGGGGGGGGGGGGGGAGGGGGGGGGGGGGGGGGGGGGGGGGGGGGGGGGGGGGGGGGGGGGGGGGGGGGGGGGGUGGGGGGGGGGGGGGGGGGGGGGGGGGUGGGGGGGGGGGGGGGGGGGGGGGGUGGGGGGGGGGGGUGGGGGGGGGGAGGGGGGGGGGGGGGGGGGGGGGUGGGGGGGGGGGGGGGGGGGGGGGGGGGGGGGGGGGGGUGGGGGGGGGGGGGGGGGGGGGGGUGGGGGGGGGGGGGGGGGGGGGGGGGGGGGGGGGGGGGGGGGGGGGGGGGGGGAGGGGGGGGGGGGGGGGGGGGGGGGGGGGGGGGGGGGGGGGGGGGGGGGGGGGGGGGAGGGGGGGGGGGGGGGGGGGGGGGGGGGGGGGGGGGGGGGGGGGGUGGGGGGGGGGGGGGGGGGGGGGGGGGGGGUGGGGGGGGGGGGGGGGGGGGGAGGGGGGGGGGGGGGGGGGGGGGGGGGGGGGGGGGGGGGGGGGGGGGGGGGGGGGGGGGGGGAGGGGGGGGGGGGGGGGGGGGGGGGGGGGGGGGGGGGGGGGGGGGGGGGGGGGGGGGGGGGGGGGGGCGGGGCGGGGGGGGGGGGGGGGGGGGCCGUGGAUGUGGGCGGGGGGAGGCUGAGGGCCUUUGGUGCCUCAUAG